GGACCAGGCGCUUUCCGGCAGAGCCAUCCCCAUGGAUUUGAAUCUGGAGUUCUGGAGGAGCGAAGGCAAAACUUUUUUCCAAAGAUUUCGUCAAUGGGCAGACCUCUUGGAUCCAUUACUCUUACUUGCAUCCAAGUGCUUAUUUUGAAUACAGGAGAAAAUUGACAAUUCCAGAAUACUUUUAUUGAACAAAGGAGAAAAGGCUACAGAGUCCUUACAGGACAAAAAGGUAAAAGAAGCUUGGCAACUAAGUCUGUCCUCUGUACACUCUGGCAGUGGUGAUACUAUUCCUGCUGUAUUUAGGCCACCAGCUUUCCUGCCCAUUAUUGCUCCACUGGUCAUUGCUACUUCAUUACUACACAGAGGAAAUACCCAAACAUUUAUUUCACAGUACCUUUUCCAUUCGUACAUUGGUGGGUUCACCUUGGCAAAUGGGAAUUAUUCUGAAACAGAAGCAAGCGAGAAUGCUCCCGAAAAGGCAUUUUUCUUCAAGCAGACGCUUAUCAGCGUUGGAGCCAUCACAUAUUCUGCCUGCGUGGGAGUUGCAGCUGACCUGCGGAGCGGCCUGGUGAGAUUCUCAAUCUACUCCCAAGCUUUUCCAUCCGGAGCUCCCCCGUUCACCAACUAG